CCUGUGAGAGCUAUACUACAGAGAAAUUGUACGUUGGUAAUUUUCUCAUAUAAAUGUUCCGAAUAGUGGUUUUCAACAAUUGUUACGGGUCAAACGUUUUCUUCGCGAUGGCCAGCGACAAUACCACGGCCGCAAUGCAACUCAUAACCUUCGUGGUAAUAUUAUCGAUAGCUGUAUCGACCUUUAGUGCCAAAAUGGAAUUUCCAGAUAUAUCUAUGUUUUAUAGCGAAGGUUCUAUCAUAUGGACAUUAAGUACGACUUUACUUACAACUAUACAGUGUAAAGUGGACUUCGUAAACAAGACAACUUCUGAUCAUGCCGAGUUUCGGAGGGCCUAUAACAUGAGUAACUUGACGUACUACGAUGAUCUUUACGGAGAAUUUACAAUCAUUGGCAGAACAAACAAAACUCCGCCGUUUAACGCAAUGAUUGUGCGUAUGAACAAAGGAGGCCCGGAAAAAUCUACCGAAGAGCUACUACGGGAGUAUGGAAAUUAUGCCUGCGGCAUCUUUUCUGUAGUGUUACCGACAAUAUUUGGCAACUUCUAUGAACUCCGCGUAAAAAACACAUCAAUUCAUACUCCGAAUCCCACUUGCCUCAGUGAGUUUCAGAAGAUUGCAUAUGGAGAGAAAACUCAACUAUAUAGUGAUUAUUGCCAGAAUCUUUUCUAGCAUUGGGACAAAUCUCCAGCAAGAAUAAUAAAUUCCCUACAAUAGAUCUUUAUGAACUUGCACAUAGCCAUUUUUCUUCACAAAAUGCUGAAUGGAGAACGACAGUUCCAUUACUUUUAUGGUGCUCAAAUAAUUAAUAUGUUAACAA